UUCAGUCCAGCCACGCCACAGAGCUGUGCCUGUUGUUGUUCAGAAACACCGGAUUAUUACUCGGGAGGUAAAGGUUUUUUGUGCCCAGUAUGGACAGUAUGCUAGACAAUCUCUCAAAAACUGAGUUUAUCAGCAUUUGUGUUCGGGAUCCAAGGGUUGUUAAAGACGACCACUGGCACACGCACAUAGACUAUGAGCUCUGUUUACAUACCAAUAGCAUGUGUUUUCGAAAGAAGACUUCCUGUGUAAGGCGCCGUUACAGUGAGUUUGUUUGGCUGCGUCAUUGUCUGGAACAGAAUGCUCUAAUCAUAGAAUUACCCAAGUUGCCGCCCUGGAACCCCUUCUUCAGUCUGAGGAACACUGAGCAGGCCUUACAGAGGAUGAAGGGCAUGCAGGAGUUUUUGGAAUUUGUUCUUCAUGUACCUUUGUUGUUAUCGGACAGUCGACUCCAUUUGUUCCUCCAGUCAGAUCUCAGCAUCACACAUAUCAACAAGUGUGCUCUCGGUAAGACCAGGUACACAGUGGCUGAAGCCAUACAGCGCUCCAGCAGCGGUUACAUCAGUAGAUUAGAGGACAAGGCCUCCUGCGACUCUGACUGUGAAAGCAGCUCUUCGUCAGGUAUAGGACUAAGUGUGGACACUCCACUGCGAGGAAGCCCACUCCCUUUCUUUGAGUCCUCUGACAGAGAACCCGAGCUGUUCAGUUGUCUUGAAUCCCAGACCCCACUCGCUGCGCCCUGA